AUGAGCGCUGCCCUGCCGCCCUCCCUGAUGAUGAUGCAGCGGCCCCUGGGUAGCAGCACUGCCUUCAGCAUCGACUCGCUGAUCGGCAGCCCUCCCCAGCCCAGCCCGGGCCACUUCGUGUACACCGGCUACCCCAUGUUCAUGCCUUACCGGCCGGUGGUGCUGCCCCCUCCGCCCCCGCCGCCCCCUACGCUCCCGCAGGCCUCUCUGCAGCCGGCCCUGCCGCCCGCGCACCCCCACCACCAGAUCCCCAGCCUGCCCACCGGCUUCUGCUCCAGCCUGGCCCAGGGCAUGGCCCUCACCUCCACCCUCAUGGCCACUCUGCCCAGCAGCUUCUCAGCUUCGCCCCAGCAUCAGGAAGCGGCCCGCAAGUUCGCGCCGCAGGCCCUGCAGGGCAACUUCGACAAGGCAGACGGCGGCAUCCCGGCGGAGACAGAGGACGGUAAAGCCUUCCUGGCCAAAGAAACCUCGCUGCUGUCUUUCUCGGCCUCCGAGGCGGUGCAGGCUUCCCUCGUGGGGGCCAUCAGAGGCCAGGGGAAAGACGAGGCCAAAGGGGAGGAUGACUCCAAGGGCAAAGAGGAGAGCUUCUCCAUGGACAGCGACCUGGAUUACAGCUCCGACGACAACAUCCCCAGCCAGGCGGUCCACAAGGAGGAAGACUUAGCCACGGCCCUGGAGGAGAAUCCCCAGAGCAGUAGCAGCAGCAGCAGCAGCAGCAGCAGCUCGGGCAGCACCACCUCCACUGGCAAGAACCGGCGGAGGCGGACGGCCUUCACUAGCGAACAGCUCCUGGAGCUCGAGAAGGAAUUCCACUGUAAGAAGUACCUGUCCCUGACCGAGAGGUCGCAGAUUGCCCACGCGCUCAAACUCAGCGAGGUUCAAGUGAAAAUUUGGUUCCAGAACCGCAGGGCUAAGUGGAAACGGGUCAAGGCCGGCAACGCCAAUUCCAAGACCGGGGAGCCCUCUCGGAACCCCAAGAUCGUUGUCCCCAUUCCGGUGCACGUCAGUCGUUUUGCCAUCAGAAGUCAACACCAGCAGCUGGAGCAAGCCAGGCCCUGAGCGGGCAAGGGUCCCCUCCUCAAUUUCCUCAGUCCCCCACCCCAGCAGGUGCCAGGAGAGGCGAGCCCCCCCCCCCACCACACACACACACACACACACACACACACACACACACACACACACACACACACACACCGGGACAAAGGAGGAGCCGAAGAAAAGCAGAGUCCUACCCGACUCUCAGAACUGUUUGAAAAACAAAACGUUGAACAAAACAAACAGUUGAAUGUUGGACACAGCAGGCAAAUUGAGAAUAUAUUCAGUUCCGAUAAAGCUGAAAAACUAUUUUCGGAUGAGGGAAACAGCGGAAUCUGGCCAGAGGCACUAAGUAUUAUUCUAUCUUACUUUGUAUAUAGCUAAUCUAUCUAUACUGAAUCUCAGCUGCAGGAUUUUCUUGACUCUAAAGGGACCAAC